AUGGAUCCUGUUACAGCAGUUGGUCUUGCGGGUUCUGUUGUUCAACUCGGUGUUUUUGCUCUUGGUACUGUGAAAGCGCUGAAGCAAAUCAGCGACUCUGUCAGGAAUGGCCUAAGAGACUUAGAGAACUUGGAAACAAAUGUCAAUCUUCAUCAAACUACGCUUGAUCUACUGCUCGAUACCGCGAGCAAGACCAGGACCGACUCGCCAGCCGAAGUAUCGCUUUUGGAGCAAUUCAUGGAGCAUGCUAUUCAAUUCAAAAAAUCCUUGCAGGAAUUUUCUCUACUAAUUCAAAAGACUAACACGACGACCCUGAAGGGGAAGAAACGAAGUCGGGCGGAAAAGGCAGUCAAGCUUCUCUUGCGGAAUGAAGAGAUCCAGAAAUACUCAUCCAUACUGAACGAUCAGAUUUGUACAGUGGGAGUUCUGUUGACACAGCUUUCAGCAAUCGACUGCAAUGCCUCCUUCCGAGAAACGCAACAGGUAAUUCGCAACGAAGUCCAAGAUCUGGUACCUCAGAUAUCUUCCAUCAAAAACUCAAUACAACUUUCAACGAUGGAAACUGGGAAGUCGAUACAAGAUGCCCAAAAUCUUAUUAGCAACAGAAUUCAAACUCUUCCGCCUCAAAUAGCAGCCAUACAGGAUUCCAUACAUUCUUCGGAAAAUCGAAUCGCAGACUCUUUACACGAUACACGCAUUGUGAUCGACAAGGGCGUCGCACGUUAUUCUACUCAAAUUACAUCCCUGGAGGACUUGAUACGACUUUCGAAGGUCGAAACGAACUAUUCAUUGCUUGAGACUCAGCUCACUGUCCGCGACGGAUUUCAAGGUUUACAACCACAAUUUUCGGCCUCGCAGCAGGCCAUGGAGAGAUACUUGCUUGAAACACAAAGCAAGGUCCAGCAAGAGAUUCAAUCCUUGUCGCCUGAGAUCUUAUCCAUCCAAGAUUCCAUAUUGCUGCUCAAACGGCAGCUUAAAUCGAAUGGGAGAAUCUCGGAUCCAUUCUCGCAGACUCCUGGAGGUAGAUUUCACUUCUCUAAAAUGCGACCUACUAAAGGCCAAUCAACUGGAUCUUACUGGUACUCUCAAUAUAAAACGGUCUUAGGAAGACUAAAUACCUGUGCUUAUUCAUAUCAGCAGCCUCGUACUAAACUCGACCACGACAAGAAAUGGCCAACAGAAGGAUAUUUUGAAUUCAGUUUUAUACCAAACAAGCUUAUCUCAAGUUAUAUACUGACUGUCAAUAUUAGUUGGGCCCAUUCCAACGGUUCCCAUAUCCAUAUUGGUCUGAAGCCCACGUGUCGAAGGUUAUGUACUGACGAAUCAGUAUUGAAUCUCUUUGGUAUACAUAGAAGGAGAUAUAAAGAAAAGGACCCCUGCCGUUGGAACAGCACAAUACACUUUGGACACUACUGUCCAUGCGGCAAUCAAGAGUGCCCCCGUCCAGAUGUGCGCGCCGUGGAGGAACUGCUAGACACGGGGAUUGUAUCUGCCAACGAUGUCUGCUACUUAGACUUUGAAUCGUUAGGAAAUUCUCUCCUAGAGCGAACUGUUCAAUGUUUCAGCACUCAAUACACAAAGGAGUUUCAUGGGGUUUGCAGAUUACUCUUGAUGCAUGGUGCACAAGUGAUGCAACAAGAUUUCUUACAAAUUGAACGACACAGAUGGUCUCUCAUAAAUCAUGUUGAGCUCUUACCCAAUGACUUGAAGCUCAAGAGUGAAUUGACGAAUUGGGAUGUUUAUUCCAUUCGAAAACUACUUAUCACGGCAGAUCCACAGCCUUCGCGGCACCACUAUGGUUCCUAUGUCCGCUGUGCAAAGACCAAUCGCGAUUUACUGUUGGAGAAUACUUGCCAUCUCGAGCCACUCUUACCUUUAGAUAACGGCGUAGAGUUGAUUCAAAAUGAGUACGCCGACAUCAUUGACAUAUUUGAUUCUGAAAACCGCCUCGACAGAUGGCUUCUCAUUGUAUUUAGCUACCACGACCCUGAAUAUACCAAAGUAUUAAAGCGUAUGGCAGAUAACUGGUUGGCUGUACCUACUAGAUACAAUUUUCGACUGGAAAAUGUCAAGAACGAGAUUUUCAAAGAGUACCUAGAGAGCCCGACCGAUAACAGAAUUGUUGAAAAAUUCUAUAGGGUUCUUUUUGCGUAUGGAACUCUUCCAAUGUGGAAAUACUUUACAACAGGGGACAACAUCGUUCCUGUAGAGCUUUUUGAAAAGGUCAUCUCGGAUAACAUCUCGUUUGUUCGUGACCACGACACCUUUCUCGAUGUGGUAUUUGGGAAUGAUGUGGUUUCCAUUGAGCUUUUUAGAGAAUUAGUGCAUGAUGACCGCUUUUGGACUACCGUGUCGACUCGAAAUAACUGGGAAAAGUUCCGACUUCGAUUACCUGUUCCCAACGACCAUGAGCUCGGAAACUCUAGUAUUUAUCUCCGUGAUGCAACAGAAGUCUGGCUAUCAAGUCCGAUUUCAGGGUUUGUUGCAGAAAAAAGAAUGUUGGUCGAUGAGCUUGUCAGACUUCGUCACGGUGCGCUGCUGGAUGGGACUGCUUUAGGGUUCGAAAUUCUAUGCUUGACCACCCUCCGACUUCGUCCGUCGCGGUACAUUGAUGAGUAUAUAAGAAGGGAUUACGCUCAAGACUUGAGACGCUUAUUAGCUUACCCCAAUGCCGGGCUCGAGGCAAAAGCAAACCGGAAAUUCUCGGAUGAAUAUUCGUCUACUAUACUCGAACUACCUGAGGGCUAUACACCCCUAAUGUCAGCGGUACAAGGAGGAAUGUUGGAUUUCACACAACUGCUAGUUCACGCUGGGGCAGAUAUUCGAGGGCACAGCUCUAGAUAUUUCUCGGCUUUACACAUUGCUCGGCAUAAUUGCUUGGGGACUCACCCACGAGAGCUAGAGUUACACUGGCCCGACGAGUUCACAUAUAUUUCUCUGGAAACUGAUCUUCAAAUCCUCACUAUUCUCGAGGGAGGACUGAAAAACAGAGGCGAAAUAGAGGAACCCGAACUAAUCGAAGAACACGAAGAGGAGCCAUGUCACUUUCCAAAAAAGAUCAGGGACCCUCUGCGGAGACAAUUCAACUACAUUCUACAACGUCUCUACACCAUCCUCGCUUGGCUCAGUCAGCCCACUAUCACCUUCCGACCCGAACUCAAAACAACUCUUCUAAAGCACACGAUAACUUCCUUAGUUUUCAUCGCAUCUCUAGUAUUCGUCACCGGAAAGCAAAUGUACCAUUCGUUCCGGCCACACUCAAUUAUUGCCUUCAGUACUAGCCCGAUUGUGGUCAUUUUCCUGGCAAUCCAAUUCACCCUAUUUCUUAAGCCGACGAAUCCCUGUAUUCACAAUCCUAAGUCGGCCUUAACCUCUCUCGACCCAACCUCACUGGUCUUAACAUCAAUCCUCUCAACCUUCUCAACCGUACCCAUCCUCACUCGACCCGACCUUACUUGUCUUAAUAUCAAUCUUCUCAAUCUUCUCAAUCUUCUCCACCGUGGAUUUUCAAUCAAAUACCCAACCGACAUCACCACUUCGCGACGUCAAAUCAACAACUCAAUAGGCCAUGGAGUCGGCUGUCUCUCGGGACGAAGUACUCACGAUCAACAACUCAACACCAUGGAGUCGGUGGUCCUUCGGGACGAAGCACUCAUGCUCAAUCGAUCAACCCAAUAG